UUCCGUACAUUUGUCUGUAUUUCUGUUCGCGUUUGUGUUCAUAGUUCAUUGAAAAGGAACGAGAGUCAAGUGAAGUGAUAUAGAAAAAGAUAGGAGAUUCUAUAUUAAGGAAUAUGUAAAUGGCGCACGCGUGAAGAAGUGACAAUUGGACUAAACUUUUUUGCUCGUUUUGUUUAUCUUAUCCAUUAAUUUCUAAAAUUGUAUGAUUUUGUUAGAAAGUGGUAGAAUAACGCUAACCAAUUUAGGAGUAACACUGCAAAGAGACUCUCUGAAUGUUUUGUUGCUGUUCCGAUAAGGAGGACUACGGAAAAGGUCCGAUGGCUGCAAUAAGAAAAAAAUUGGUGAUUGUUGGUGACGGAGCAUGUGGAAAAACAUGUCUUUUAAUAGUAUUUAGUAAAGAUCAGUUCCCAGAAGUAUACGUGCCCACUGUAUUCGAAAACUAUGUGGCGGAUAUUGAAGUAGAUGGAAAGCAGGUAGAACUCGCCUUAUGGGAUACCGCAGGUCAAGAAGAUUAUGAUCGUCUGCGGCCCCUUUCAUAUCCAGACACCGAUGUGAUUUUAAUGUGCUUCUCAGUAGACUCCCCCGACUCAUUAGAAAACAUCCCAGAAAAAUGGACCCCAGAGGUAAAACACUUUUGUCCAAAUGUGCCAAUUAUUCUGGUAGGCAAUAAGAAGGAUCUGCGUAACGAUCCUACUACCAUUAACGAACUUAAAAAGAUGAAACAAGAACCAGUAAAACCUCAAGACGGAAGAUCCAUGGCAGAGAAAAUCAAUGCUUUUGCAUAUCUAGAAUGUUCUGCCAAAAGUAAGGAGGGUGUAAGAGAGGUUUUUGAAAAUGCUACCCGAGCUGCACUGCAAGUCAAAAAGAAGAAGAAGCCCCGUUGUGUAAUGUUUUGAGCCACUACAUAUUCUAUAUUUUAUAUUAAUAAUCGUUACGUGUGUUAAUUAAUUUCAAGGGGGCUUCUGCAUGAUGUAUUGACUAACAAAAUAAACCCCUACUUUUCUCUUCAGUUCUAUUUGUUCAAACUCCUUUUCUCCUUGUGGACAAAUUUAAGUAUUAAGUUAUAUUUUCAUAUGUAUUUAACCCAUUGUUUAUUGGUUCUUAGAGUUACACGACCCAGAAAUUUAAUUUUAAAACAACACAACGAUGUAGCAAGUUACUUUUUAGAGUUUAAUAUAGAAUAGAUCAUUAUUUUGUUUCUUUAUUCCCCACCAAACUAGUAUUGCACAUUGCAAUUAUUUGGCUAUGAAUUUUAAUUGAUUAAUGUAAAAUUUUGAUUUUUGAAAUAUCCUUAGUUGUCUCGAUUUUUGAUGAACUUCCAGUGAGGGGUGUGUAACUUAUAAGCUUUUUUUAUACAAUGGUAAAUGAUAUAAUCAGUGUCAUGUGCACAAAACUUAUUGAACGUCCACUUAGAUCAUCAUUGUAGUACUAAUUUACAAGCAUACGUUGAUUCAUUUUAUAGUAUUUAUAUUUUAUAACCUGAUCAAUAUAUUUUGUUUCAAAAAUUUUUUUCUGUAUCUAUAGUUAUCUUUUACAGAUAUUCAGAGUACCCAUUGAUUUUUAUUUAGUUCAAUGACUGCAGCACAUUUAUUAUGUUUUGAUUAGAAGUCACUGCAAAUGAAACAAGUGGAUUAAAACUUUUGACUAACAGAUACACAAAAAAAUGUUUGUGUUGCAGUUAUUGCACUGGGACUAAAAGGACUAACAGUGAUGUCAUCUCUUGUAUAAGGGUAGUUACUACCACCUGUUGUCCUUUAAGUCUCAAAAUUAAUUUUGAAAUAAAAAUAUUUAUUUGUUGGCAACAUUUCUAGUAUUAUGCCAGUUGCCUAUUAUUGUAAUAGCUUUAAAUUUUUCAAUAUAAUGUAUUCUAAAAUUAAAUAAAUUGUUUUCCUAUAA